AAAAACGAUUAUGCCACCUAUCAUCAAAUACACAGCAACGAUAGCGCCGAAUAUUUUAAAAGCCGGAGAUAAAAUUAAAAUAAAAGGAAUCGUUUUGCAUGAUGCUUACGAAUUUUCGAUAAAUUUCGUAAACGAGUUAUGCAAGAAUCCUUCAGAUAUAACGUAUCAUUUUAAAUGGAAACUGGAUGAAAAUGUUAUUGUGGAGAAUUUUAAAAAGAAUGGAGAAUGGAUCGAUCAUAUAGAGACAACAUAUGAUGAACUCGAUGGUGUGUUAAACAACACCGGCUCUCAUUCAUCGCAUACAUAUACUAACACAAUUAUUAACUAUUCCGUUUUAGGAUCGUUUUUUGAAUUAGAAUUUGCAUUCCAAGAUGGUAUUAUCGAUGUCUAUAAAAUCUAUGAUGGUGGUCACAAUCGCAUCACCACCUAUAUGACAGAAAUUGAUAUAUCUGAAAUUAAAGCGUUACAAGUCUGGGGAGAUGUUCAAAAAAUUAAAGAAUUAACAUUUUGUUAUGCUUAAAAUU